UGAUUUUCAUUAAAACGUGAAGAAAGCGCUUUCCAGGUGAGGGUGUAGUACCGUUAGAAGCGAGUCCUUCUACGGUCCUUGCCUCUGUUCAGUUUCAUUCACUCCUCACUGUAAAACCUAGCAAGCCAAAAUCACAACCAUUCCAAGUGCAUGUGAAAUCGCAGGUUUAAGGUUUCCGUUUCUCCAUGCAAUGUAUCGUGUGUGUUCCAUUUGUCGCUUUGACUUUCGUUCUCAUUUCCUUUGACCGUUAAUCUCGGCUUUUCUUGCGGAAAGUAACUGUUGGCUGAUCAUAAAUGGCGCCCAAUCCAAGAGUGGUGGCGGCCUUUACGGCAAUGGCGAAUCUCGGGAUUCAUGAAUCAAAAGUGAAACCAGUGUUGAAGAAACUGCUUAAAUUGUAUGAUAAGAACUGGGCACUCAUUGAAGAAGAGAGUUAUAGGGCCCUGGCUGAUGCAAUAUUUGAGGAGGAAGAGAAUAAGGUGAAUGAGCCAGACCAGAAUAAUAAAAACAAGAACGGAGUUGUGGACGAUGAAGAAGCUCAUACGCAUGGGGAGCCUGUGCGACCUUUGAAGAGGUUGCGUUUGAGAGGCCAAGAGGGUCAAUCUUUGCGCCCUCUGACUAGCAGUGGCCCCAGCUCAGCUGCAUUUCCGUUGAAAGCGCCUAAAUUAGAAGAUGGGGCAGUGCCCGAGAGUAGUUCCAGACGGCAGCCUCAAAGCAUGGCUGCAUUAUCUGAUGGAAAUGCAAGGAUUGGUGCUCGUCAUGUUCCCCCACAAGAUGCUGUUGUCGACAAGGGAAAGAAACCUAUAUCACCUCAACUUACUCCCAGAGCGAGAAGGUCCCUUGCAGAGCCAACAGUUGAAGCAGGAGCUGCUCUGUUGGCAAAUAACAAAAUGCCUCAUCCAUUUAUUUUGAUCAAGCCCAAGGAUGAGCCUGUUGAUGGUAUACCAGAUUAUGAGAUUCCCCUUGCAGUGAUUCCUCCUGAACCAUCAAGUGGAGGAGACUCUCUAAUGGGUACAGCUGGAAAGAAAGAUUGCCAUGACACUGUGGUAUCACAGUGCAGAGAUGAAGACGUUGAACAUGAAUAUGUUUUUCCUUCCUCAAAUGAAGAAGCAACUUCUAAUGUAGAUGUAGCUUUGUCGUCUAUGGGUGAGGAACAAUCUGUAAAGAUAACACAAACUGAUGAUGUUUCAAAGGAAUCUGAGACCAAUGACUCACCUAUUGUCAGAGGAAACAAAGAUUCGGUCAUUGCAAAUGGAUCAAUCAGUGUUGAGUCUUCUGCCAUGGCUGAACUUCAAGUUCCUAGUUCUAUACCCUGCUCGAGUGAUCUGGAUAAUGCUGUACCAGCUCCCAAGAAGGUUGGAAUGAAUGGUUUCUUACAAAGUGAUAGUGGAAAGGAGCUGGAGCAUCCUAUAAUCCCAAAUUCACGUACUUUAGUGGUUGUUCCAAAACAUCAGCUUACUAAUGAUGAUGUAAGGGCAGUUCAUGAUGUUAAUGACCUAACAAAGGGAGAAGAAAGAGUGAAAAUUUCAUGGGUGAAUAACACUACUAAUGAUUUCCCACCACCCUGUCACUACAUACCCCGAAACCUUGUGUUCCGAGAGGCUUAUGUUAAUAUUUCUCUAUCUCGUAUUGGGAAUGAGGAUUGUUGUUCAACUUGUAUGGGCAAUUGUGUAUUGUCAUCUAAAUCAUGUUCUUGUACAAAUAAAACUGGGGGUGAAUUUGCUUACACUGCAAAAGGCCUACUAAAGGAAGAGUUCUUGGAUGAGUGUAUUGCCCUCAACCGUGAUCCUCAAAAUUAUUUCUAUUGCAAAGCCUGUCCUCUUGAAAGAUCAAAGAAUGAUGAUUGUUUAGAACCAUGUAAAGGACAUUUAAAGAGAAAGUUUAUUAAAGAGUGCUGGAGCAAAUGCGGCUGUGGGAAACAUUGUGGUAAUCGGGUUGUCCAGCGUGGAAUAACUUGCAAGUUGCAGGUGUUUUUGACUUCAGACAGAAAAGGGUGGGGUCUUCGUACCUUAGAAGAUCUUCAAAAAGGCGCAUUUGUAUGUGAGUUUGUUGGGGAAAUUUUAACCAUCAAGGAGUUGCAUGAGAGGCGCUUGAAAUAUCCCAAAAAUGGGAAAUAUACAUACCCAAUUUUAUUGGAUGCAGAUUGGGGUUCAGGAAUUGUGAAGGAUAGAGAAGCUCUUUGCUUAUAUGCGGCAUCGUAUGGAAAUGCUGCUAGAUUUAUUAAUCACAGAUGUUUGGAUGCAAACUUGAUUGAGAUCCCAGUUGAAGUUGAGGGCCCAACUCAUCACUACUAUCAUUUUGCCUUCUUCACAUCCAGAAAAAUAGCAGCACAGGAAGAGCUCACUUGGGAUUAUGGCAUCAACUUUGAUGACCAUGAUGAUCAUCCUGUUGAGCUGUUCCAGUGCAGAUGUGGCAGUAAAUUCUGUAGGAAUAUUAAGCGAUCAAAUAGAUCCAUGAGAUCGUCAAGUUCAUGAUGGUCAUUCUCUGCUAAACCAAUUUUGUGGUCUGAUGCAUGCCAUCGAUCAAUAGUAACUAGUUUCAACCUACUGAGUUGGUCUCUUUUGUAUUGUAUCUUUCAUUAUUUUGCUUGGAGGUUAGAUACAAGUUACUAUUGACAGUCUUCUAAAAACUACAAGGCAGUCAUGGGACAGAAUAAGAAAGAAAAUAACCUCUAGGUGUUAAUAACUCCGAACAGUUCUGUCAAAUGCCUGUGGAUGAUUUUGCCUGAGUUUAUGUUGUGCUGAAUGCAUGACACAUUAAUGGUUAAGAAAACUUAUUUAUCUCGUUC